CCUGCGCAGGUUAUUAGCGUCAAGAUGGCGAUGGAGAUGAGGCUUCCCGUCGCUCGCAAGCCUCUUAGCGAGAGCCUGGGCCGUGAGACGAAAAAACACCUGGUAGUGCCGGGGGACACGAUCACCACGGACACAGGCUUCAUGCGGGGCCAUGGGACCUAUAUGGGGGAAGAGAAGCUCAUUGCAUCUGUGGCUGGCUCUGUGGAGAGAGUAAACAAGUUGGUCUGUGUGAAAGCUUUGAAAACCAGAUAUAAUGGUGAAGUGGGAGACAUUGUAGUAGGGAGAAUCACAGAGGUGCAACAGAAGAGGUGGAAGGUGGAGACCAACUCCAGGCUGGAUUCAGUCUUGCUUCUCUCAUCCAUGAACCUUCCCGGAGGGGAGCUGAGGAGAAGGUCUGCAGAAGACGAGCUGGCCAUGAGAGGUUUCUUGCAGGAAGGGGACCUUAUCAGUGCUGAGGUCCAGGCAGUGUUCUCUGAUGGAGCUGUCUCUCUGCACACGAGGAGUCUCAAAUACGGGAAACUAGGUCAGGGUGUUUUGGUUCAGGUCUCCCCCUCCCUGGUGAAACGGCAGAAGACUCACUUCCAUGACUUGCCGUGCGGUGCCUCAGUGAUUCUGGGCAACAACGGCUUCGUCUGGAUCUACCCAACACCUGAGCACAAAGAGGAGGAUGCAGGGGGCUUCACUGCAAACCUGGAGCCUGUCUCCCUUGCUGAUCGAGAGGUGAUCUCCCGGCUUCGGAACUGCAUCGUCUCGCUGGCAACUCAGAGAAUGAUGCUGUAUGAUACCAGUAUCCUGUAUUGCUAUGAAGCAUCCCUUCCACAUCAGAUCAAAGACAUCUUAAAGCCAGAAAUAAUGGAGGAAAUUGUGAUGGAAACACGCCAGAGGCUUUUAGAACAGGAGGGAUAAGGAGAGGCAUCUGAAGGACAGGACUUCAGAUGUGUGUACCUGACCAGAGCAGUCCUUGAAAGUGAACAGUUUGCUUGGUGGUCCCCAUGUGCAGCUCAGUGAAGACCUGGGGAGCUCAUCACUUUACCUACAAGGGGCCGCCUCCACCCUGAAGACCUGCUUUCUCCUGUUUUAAGGCAAAGCCUGGGGGAAGGUGAACGGCACUGCCGGCCCCUUGGGUUGCCCACAGAGUUUUGGUACUAGGGGUAGUUUCAGGCCUUAAAAGCACUUAGUGUUCCAGCCAAGUGGACUCCUGUCCUGGAAU